AUGACCGCUAGCGACUUCUUUUGUGAAAAUCUGUCUACAGUCAGCACUGCUCUCAAUCUAUCGGAAACUGUCUCAGGAGUGACUCUAGCCGCUUUUGGCAAUGGUGCCAAUGACCUUUUCAGCACAGUUAGCGCUGUCAAGAGCGGAGGGAUAAAUUUAGGUCUGGGAGAGCUAUUGGGGAGUUCCCUUUGUAUAACAACAGCAGUACUAGGACUCGUACUCAUCCUGUCGCCUUUUAAACCACCCACAGCGCCCUUCUUUCGAGACACCUUAUUCCUAUUUGGAGGUCUUAUACUAAUCCUGUUUCUGGUACUGCGCCCACCUCAGUUAACCAGAGAAGCUGGUAUUCUAUUAGUAGGCUAUUACGUGCUCUACGCAACCGUCGUCAUCGGAGGGAAUCAGGUUAAUAAAUACCUACGUAGAAGGAAGGCCAACGGAUUUGUCCAUGUCGAGGAAGAAGUGGACAUUGACGCCAACGAUGGUGAAGAGUGGACUGACGCCUAUCGAGAGCCAGAGGCUGAAACGAGUUUGGAAACAGCACCAGUGCAGCAGCAAACAUACCCGCAUAUUAGAGUGUCAGCAGAUGGAACAUCAUCAAUAGAUACUGACACUGCUCCAUUAUUGGGAAAAUCGGUAGACAGGAGGUUAUCGCUAGUGCCGCCCUUGUCGACGUCUUUUAAAAAGACGAGACAGUCACGAGAUUUACAUCGUAAAUGGAGCCAAACUCUGUCAGAACGGUCGCUACCAAUUGAUGUCACCACUAGCGAUACUCCAUCAACACCCACGAUGCCGCUUAGCCCUAUACCAAUAAUAUCAUUAAUACCUCUUCAAAGGAAAACCGCGACUGUAUUUGAGUCGCUCUUGCCCAUGGAAUGCAGUCAUUUUAAAUCUUCAACAUCGGCCCAAAAGUUGUGGCUUAUUGUAAGAAUGCCGCUUUUGGUAGUCAUGAGAGCAACAGUGCCAGUACUCUCACGAUUGGAAUGGAUUGAAUCAAGGACACAUAUUGCUGUUGUAACGGAUGAAAAUGUACCAUUUUACGAACCGCUACAUUUUGGACGAGUUACAUUGGCCUUAUUUCUCGCUCCAUUUCUUAUAUCGUAUUCUCUUUAUGAUGGGAGGUGGCUGUGGGAAUCUGUUGCAAGAGUAGUGGGGCUAUCUGCUGUCAUCGGUAUAUCCCUGGCGUCCCUUUUCUACUGGUUGUCAAGCUACGAACCGACCAGGUUUAAUAUUUUCGUAACCUGUUUUGGCUUUCUAAUGGCAACCGUUUGGAUGUCUUUGAUUUCCGACCAGCUUGUUGGCAAUCUACAAGUGAUUGGAGACUUGCUCAACAUCGACGAAUCUAUACUAGGUGCUACAGUAUUUGCUGAAUAUAGACGAAUCGCCAGGGCCUCAUAA